CUAAAUAUGUUCUCCUUAUAGAAAUGUUAUAAUAAAUUAAAUGAAGGCAGUUUCUUUCCUAAAUUGCGUUAAUUCAAUCUGUCUUAUGUAUAAAGUUAUUGCUAUUUUUAUAUUUAUGUUAUUAUAUUUAUAAGGCCAUCUGAUUUUGAUGCAGUUCAAGGUGUUGUACAAAUAAAGAUAAUGCAAUAUUACAAUAAAUAAUAUUGUAAACAUAAUAGACAAGCAUCCAGAGAGUAUGAAAACUUGAAACCAAUACUAAAUCAGUGAAUUCACAAAUCAUCCUGAUACAAUGCCUUCUGGAAGAGGCAGGUCUUUAAGACUUGCCUGAAAGUCAUGGCCAUAUGGACCUUGGGAUCAAUGCUGUUCCAGAAGUAAAAACAGCGACACAGAAGCCAGAACUCAUAAUCCUGGAUGGAAGGAAGACAACUUGAAGGGGUAGAGUACGUGAAUUGCUGGUCUUGAAUGUAGAAUAUUUUGGCCAUCUUCACAUGAUUUGCAAAGUAACUAAAAAGAAAUGGAAAUACAGGAUGUGCAAUACAGUACAGCCUAGCAAAUAACAGUUUGCUUCCUACUGCACAAAAACCAGUAAGAAUUAUUAUUCUUUUUUGCUUUGUGUUAUACAUUCAAACACAAGAACAUAUUCCUUGCUGUCUUUUGACUCUGAUGUGGAAGGCACUAUCUACAUUAUAUAUUGUAAUUGCAGUACAGCUGUACAUACAAUGUACUCUUCGAAAUUGACAGUAAGUCUCUUCUUUAGCAACUGGAUACCUUUGAAAAUGUAGGAAAGAGAAUUAAAUUACUAAUCCAUAUGCAAAUAGUACAUAAAUGUUAAAAUAACAAAAGUUUAUAAGGAGGCGAAAUCUGAAUGCAAUUACUUCAGUAAUAGGGAUUAUUGCAGACUAAAGUUCUUCUAGAUGAAAUCUGCUCAAGUUUCCAAUUUUGGUGUAGAUGGAGCAGAAGAUCUUGUAGAUACAUUUUUUGAAGUUGAAGUUGAAAUGGAAGAGACCAUCUGUCGUGAUCUGGUCUGCACAUCUCCCAAAGAUGAAGAAGGAUUCCUAAGGGAUCUGUGUGAAGUUUUACUGUAUUUAUUGCUACCUCCCGGGGACUUCCAGAACAAGAUCAUGAGAUAUUUUGUCAGGGAAAUCCUUUCUCAAGGAAUUCUUCUUCCAUUAAUAAAUCAGCUCAGUGAUCCUGAUUAUAUUAAUCAGCAUUUCAUAUGGAUGAUUCGUGAUUCAAUUUGCAAUUAUGAGGCCUUUAUGAACAUUGUUAAAGUAAGUGAUAAAAUAGGAGAGUUAGAAGCAGUAAGAGACAAAGCCACAGAAGAACUGCAGUAUCUUCGUUCUUUGGAUACAGCUGGAGAUGAUAUUAACCAUAUAAAAAAUCAGAUAAAUAGCUUACUAUUUGUUAAGAAAGUAUGUGAUUCAAGAAUACUGAGGCUACAGUCAGGAAAAGAAAUAGAUACUGUGAAACUGGCUGCAAAUUUUGGAAAACUUUGCACAGUCCCUCUGGACAACAUUCUAGUAAACAAUGUUGCACUACAGUUUUUUAUGGAUUACAUGCAGCAGAUGGGAGGUCAAGCACAUCUUUUUUUCUGGAUAACAGUAGAAGGAUACAGGGUUACAGCUCAGAAACAGCUGGAAGUAUUGCUGAACCAUCAGAAGGAUGGAAUGCAUCAAACAACACAAACCAAAGGUCUAUUAAGAACAGCUGCAGUUGGAAUAUAUGAUCAGUAUUUAUCAGAAAAGGCUUCUCCAAGAAUUAAUAUCGAUGAUCCAUUGGUAGCAAAGCUGGAAGAAAAGUUGAAUAAUGAGGACCCAACUCCUGAAAUUUUUGAUCAGAUUCAAAGAAAGGUAUAUGAAUUGAUGCUGCAAGACGAAAGGUUCUAUCCUUCAUUCAAGCAGCAUACACUUUAUGUACGAAUGCUUGCUGAGCUAGAUAUGCUAAAGGAUCCUAGUUUCAGAGGAUCAGAUGAUGGUGAAGGGGAAUCAUUUAAUGGAUCCCCUACAGGCAGCAUUAAUUUGUCACUGGAUGAUCUUUCAAAUGUGUCUGCUGAUGAGUUGAUACAGCUACAUGCAUGCAUUUCAGAUACUGUCUAUGCUGAUUAUGACCCAUAUACUAUGGCAGGAGUUUGUAAUGACCAUGGGAGGACAUAUGCAUUAUAUACUAUAACUGUUCAACGUCGAACUGUGACUGCUAAUGAUGAAUGGAAAACAUAUCGUCGCUACAGUGAUUUCCAUGACUUCCAUAUGAGAAUUAUUGAACAGUUUGAAAACCUAGGAAAUUUAUUGAAGCUUCCUGGUAAAAAAACAUUCAACAAUAUGGAUAGAGAUUUCUUAGAAAAAAGGAAAAAAGAUUUAAAUUCAUACUUACAGCUUUUGUUAACACCCGAAGUGAUGAAAGCUUAUCCGACUUUAGCACACUAUGUGUAUGAUUUCUUGGAAAACAAGGCAUACAAUAAAGAGAAAGGAGAUUUUGCUCGGAAGGUGGACACAUUUGUAAAUCCACUGCGUAACUCUAUGAGAAAUGUUUCAAAUGCUGUCAAGUCCAUCCCUGACAGCUUCACAGAGGGGAUGACAAAAAUGUCAGACAACAUGGGCAAAAUAUCAGAAAGAUUGGGACAAGAUAUAAAGCAAUCAUUUUUCAAGGAACCUCCUUUAAUGCAGAAGACAUAUGUUGAUCCUAAACAUUGUCGAGUUGCAGCACAUCUAGAUGAUAAUGUAGAAGACAAUGUACCUCUUAAAAUAAUGCUGCUACUCAUGGAUGAAAUAUUCGAUCUGAAGGAGAGAAAUCAGUGGCUACGACGGAAUAUCAAAAAUUUGCUUCAGCAGCUUAUUAGAGCAAUGCAUGGAUAUACAAUAAAUAAAAAAAUAGUUGAUCAUGUUGAUUGGAUGACAUCUCCUGAACAAGUAGCAGAUGCAGUUAAACGGUUUAGAGAUGCCUUUUGGCCAAAUGGCAUUUUAGCUGAAACUGUUCCACACAGAGAUCAUUCAAUCAGAAUGCGAACACGAAUUGCUGCAAAAACAAAACUGCUGGGAGUAAUGCCUGAUGAGCUGAAGCAUAUCCUUGGUGCUGAGACAACAAGAAAAGGCAUUCUCCGAGUCUUUGAAAUGUUCCAGCAUACUCAGCUAAAUAAGAGAAUGGUAUAUGUUUUCCUGGAAGGCUUCUUGGAAACUUUAUUUUCAGAGUAUGGAUUCCAUGAUCUCUUCAAAAAAUUGCAUUCACGUUCAAAACAGAUGCAGGUAUAUAAACAUAAACUACAAUCUACACAAUCAUCUUAUUUACAGAAAAGGUGACACUCUCUACUGUAAUUUGCCCAAAACCUGGGCAUGUUCUCUGGGGCUUAAAACUCAUGCUGUUAUUCUCACACCAAUCUUUUAGAAUCGUAUAUUAGAUCGUUAAUACAUACAUAAGAAUUGUGGUGGUUCUCAUUUUUCAUCACUAAUGCAACCACUAUCAUGAUUUGGAUUCAUGUGUUUUAAAUGAUUUGGUGUAUCUUUGUGUAACAUUGAGAAGACUACUAGUCUGCUGUGAAAAUCUCUGUCUCUUCCGAAUCUUAUAGAUUGUAAUUGCGAACAAUAAAAAAUUCUAUGUUGGGUCCAUUGAUUAAAGUAAAGCACAACUUCUAGGAUGGAAAUAGAGGACUUGACUGCUUUGCUUGGAACUAGGAGAUUGUGCAAUGUGAGAAUCAAGUGUGAUUUGAUUUGUAUUAUGAGUGUCUCUUAGCUCUGCAGAAGUUGGACUAGCAUGAUAAGAAGUCUAGUGACAAAUGGUUGUAAAAAAAUCUAUGCUUUCCAAUUAUUUUUCCAAAUUAAGUUUAAUAUGUGGAAAACCUUUAUGAACUUAAGAAACACUUAGUUCAAGUUUUACUAAACAGUGGAAUAGGGAGGGGAAAAAACCAUAGGUUUAAGGGUCUUGAUAUAUUCUUCAAAUUACUUCUUUCAGGGGUACAUAUAACUUUUAAAUGAAAAGGCUCAAAACAAUAUUUAAAAUUAAACCAAGAGUUAGUACAUUUAUUUCUUUGUUAGUAAUCUGGGAGAUUGGGAAAGAAGCAAAGAAAAGUACUAUGCUCUUGACAUUAGGAUCUUCUUUUAAAAAAAUAAUAAUCCUAUUUGACCUUAAAGAAAUCACUCUGAUACAUUCACCUCAGCUGGUAAAACACUAAAAUGAAUUGUUACUGAUUAUUGUUACUGAUGUGAAAGUCUUACAGACUUGCUUUUAAUGUUUUUGCAUAAUAUAAAUUUUAAAAAAUAUUUUCUACAUGGAAUGUCCUAUCUGUUUUCUUUAUUUCCAGCAUAAUGUCUAAUUAUGAAUGAAGUAAUAAUCGUUUGGACUUGAAUUUACAUUUUUGUUUCCUUAUUUUUCUUCAAGAAUCCCUGACACCACCAAAAAGUACAGUUUAUUUGUUUCAAUUUCAAAAUAAUAUAUUAUGUAGUCUAUUUAAAAAGAUUUUUAAAUCCCUAAGAAUAGCCAAACUACAAUAUGUACUAUUAAUAUACUAUUCUUAUAUUGAACCUUUUCAUUAAAAACAUAUGGUUCAUUAACAUGAUUUCUUUUGAAGAAAUGUUUGACUUUUGAGUGUAAAUACUAUUGUAUUUGCAAAGAUCUUGUAACUGAAGUUACUAUUUACAUUCAGGAGAAAAUAAUCUGCAGCUUCAAAAUAAAUGAAAAGUGAGCAGCAUUGCUUCAAGUUUUUACAUGUUUCAUUUAAUUUAAUUUCAUUUAUUGAAUUUCUAGGCCGCCCAAUCCCGAAGGACUCCGGGCGGCUUACAGAAAUGAAAAAUUAAAAUUAUUAAAAAUUAUUAAAAAUUUCAUUAUGUUCAUUAUAAGAAGCAUGUGCUAAAUUGCAAUUGUGGCUUUUAAAAAAUAUAUCAUUACAGAUCUAUAUACUAUAUGUGUAAGUAUCUUUUAGUGGUACCAGGAUAGUUUAAAAUAAAAUACAUGAAAUAUCAUUUCCUGUCUAUCAUGCCCCAUGCUUCUAAAUAUAGAUAACUGUUGACCUUUAAUAAAUUUCUGGUUUUUGAUUUUUUUUUCUUUUUCCCAUUUCUUAAUGAAAAGUUAAAAAUAGUUUGGCUGUACAAAUAAUAAUGAGAUUUAGAUAUAUAAAUGUUUCUAUUUUAAAAAAAAAUUAUUUUACAUAGAAAAAUAGGACCCCAGUCCAUGGUCCUAGCAUUCUGGUGUUCUUUGCAUUUUAACUGAAGGAAUAUUGGAUCCUUUGAAUUACCCCUGCAGUGUAAACUUUCAUCCUCUCAACAGGUAUAUUUGACCUCUAAAUGUCCUUGUAUUCCAGGCAGUUGAUUUUUAAAGAGUGGGCAACCAGAAUCUACAUAGACCAUCAGACAAAGGAAGCCCAAUGAGAGACAAAUUAGAACUAUCCUUCGAUUUCUUACUUGAACUUGAAAUAAUUCUUGUAGAUUUUCUCAGAUCUAAAAUACAAAUGGACAAAUCUCAGUCAGUAAAAUAGAAUGUAUCUCUUAUCCAUGAAUAUCAUCUGUAGGUUUUAGGAUUAUUCUCAGUAGUUAACUUUAGAAAUUUAUUUCGUAGCCAAUAAACCAUUGCAUUAAGGAAACAUAAUAUGUCUUUUAUGUUAAUGGUUACUAUACCAUAGUGUUUUGUCAUCUGUAUUUAAUUUCAAAAUGAGCCUACAGGGAGUUAGCAUGUUAUAUACAUUGCCCUAAUAAAUGAUUAUAAUUAACUCACAUGUGAUCCAUUGACAUUACAUGAACUGUAGCCCAUCAUUUUAUACCCUUUAGCGCAUCCACAGAAUUUACGUUAUUGCUGCAGAUAAUUAGUCACACAGAUCCCAGCCUGAGAAUGCUAUGACUAGCCUCUAAAAAUAAAUGUGCCAUUGUCCAACAAAUGCAUUUAGCCUUAAUUUAAGAGAAUGGAUAGUAAGGUUGAAUAUUCAUAUAGUUCAUCCUCAAGCUUCCGCCUCUGGUAUUGCUACGAUUAAACAAUUUUAAUGCUGCCAGAAAGUGUAAUAAUUUUAAAAAAUAAAAUAUGAACUCCACUCUCAAUUCCAACUUUAGUGCAAUAUUUUCAUGUAAUGCAUGUGUAUUUGAAUAAUUGUAAAAAAACAUUUUUAAGGUUUUGAGAUCAAGGGUAAACUAUAUUAACAAUGUAUAAUAUUCAGUUAUUGCUGCUGUGUUGGCUUAUCUAACGACUUGUUUUAAAAGUCUGGUUUGUCACUCCUUGAAAAUCUUUUCUAUGCUCAAAAAAGCAUAGUUCUUACUUUGCAAGGAGCAAAAUCUAAAGAGCACAUCAACAUGUAGAAGAUAUAUAAGUGACAUGUGCAUAAAAUUGUAUAGUAUGUGUCAACUGCGUGCCUAAUGGUUCUAUCAAUAUGCUUUUCUUUAAAGAAAAAAAUGGGUAAAUGGAAUGCCAUAUUCUCUUUUGUUCUGAACAGCUGAAAACUCUAAAUUUUUAUUUGGAGUUUCCAUUAUGUUUUGUCCAACGAAGGAGCUUGGAAAAAAAGUACACUAAUAAAGCAUUAACAAGAAA